ACCUGACUCGUGUGUCAUCUGUGUGCCUUUACUCUUACUGGAUUAUCAUUAUAGCAGCAGUGAACGUCACACAUUCAUCCUCCACCCUCUGUGACCAAAAGGGUGUGGACACAUCAAACAUUCCUUGACUACAUGGCAGAUUUCUAAAACAGACUUCACAUUUACACCCUGCCUCAUUCUUUCAGUCAUCAAGCAGCCGAAGACAUGGAUAUCUCACUUCUUCUCCUGAUCUCCUUCAUCUCGGUAUUUCAUCUCAGCCGAGCUGAUCAACCUCUGGAGGAAGCUAUCAUUCCACCACCAAAAAAAAUCCAGCUUCUCGGUGGAUGGUCUGAAGCGAACCCGGAGAGAGAAGACGUUCAAGAAGCUGCAAAGACAGCUGUGGAAAAAUUCAACAAAAAGUCCAAAGCAAAGAAAUAUUUCAAACUUAUCAACAUUACAUCUGCUCACACUCAGGUUACAAAUAAGAUAAACUACAAAAUCGAGGCCACUAUUGGAAAGACAAAAUGUCUCAAAUCAGAGAAUGCAGAUAUUGAGUCUUGUAUCAUGUCAAAAAAGCAACUGGCAUGUAAGUUUGCAGUAACUCUUAACGUAAUGAACGACGAACAUGAGGUGGAGAUGAUGUCCUGCAAAAAAAUCUAAUGAAUUUCAUAUGGACACACAGUUUCUCACAAUAUGUGCUGGAUUGAUGUUAGGAUUUGGGGUUUGGAUAAUAAGCCAUUCUUUUGUUUAUAUAUUAAAUGUUAAAAACGUUUGUGA